UGGUUUUAUUUCCGGAGUUACCUUAAACUCUUAAAGCACAUUAGCUAAGCUUAGCAACUGAAACAUUCUGAGAUAUACAAGAAUGCCGAUUGACUAAACUGUGUUAACAUCCGACGAAAGGACCGAGUGUCUUUAGUCUAAAAUGGUUUAACUAAGCGUUUCGGUGUCUCUGGCGAAACGGGAAGAUUAACGGUUAAAAAUGAUUGAACCUGAGCUACUAACUGAAGUCCCCGCGUCCCUGAAGCGGCUAGCUAAGCAGGUCGUGCGGGGGUUCUAUGGGAUAGAACAUGCCUUGGCCCUUGACGUACUGAUCCGUAACCCGUGUGUGCGGGAAGAGGACAUGCUGGAGCUGCUGAAGUUUGACCGGAAACAGCUGCGCUCUGUGCUCAACACCCUCAAAGCAGACAAGUUUGUCAAGUGCCGAAUGCGAGUGGAGACGGCGCCUGAUGGCAAGACAACGCGGCACAACUACUACUUCAUUAACUACAGGUUACUGGUUAACGUAGUGAAGUACAAACUGGAUCACAUGCGACGUCGCAUUGAGACAGACGAACGGGACUCCACCAACCGUGCCUCCUUCAGAUGCCCCUGCUGCUUCUCCACUUUCACUGACCUGGAGGCCAAUCAGCUGUUUGAUCCCAUGACAGGUACGUUUCGCUGCACCUUUUGUCAGACUGAGGUAGAGGAGGACGAAUCUGUCUGCCCUGAUGCCAGGACGCCCGUGGCCCGCUUUAAUGAGCAAAUCGAGCCCAUCUACGCACUCCUACGCGAAACCGAAGACAUUAACUUGUCCCAUGACCUGCUGGAGCCGGAGCCCACUGAGAUCCCCGCUCUGAAACAGAGUCGCGAACGAGCUGCUGCCGCUGCUAACGCUGCGGGCGGACCACAUCGUGAAGCCUGGUCUAACAAAGGAGCCUCCUACGCUGACUUGUACAUCCAGAAUGUGGUCAUUAGCAUGGAGGAGCAGGACGACCAGAAGAAGCAGGUCAACGAGGCCAAGCCCCCGAAGGAGCGGCCCGUUUGGUUGACCCAGAGCACGGUGCAGGGGGCUUACAGCGAGCCCGACGCGCUCAAGAGCCGCGGCGACAUUGCGCCCGGAGCUCAGCAAGGCGCCGCCGGCCCCGGAGCCGGUCAGGCGGAUGAAAACGAGGAAGUGAUGCGCGCUCUGCUCAUCCACGAGAAGAGGGCCGUCGCCGGAGCAGGUGUGGGCGGAGCGAGCGCGGCCGCCAGGGGUCACGCCUCCGCCACGGCUAACGCCAGUGACUCAGAGAGCGACACCAGUGAAUCAGAGGACGAACUCCCCGCGGGCCCCACCGCUGCCACGGCCUUUCAGCGUCGCGCUGACCACGAGGUCGAAGAAGAGGAUGACGACGACGAAUUCGAGGAGGUGGGGGACGAGCCGACGGUGAUGGUGGGAGGCCGGCCGUUCUCGUACAGGGAGGUGAGCGAAAGGCCCGAGCUGGUGGAGCGGAUGUCUGUGCAGGAAAAAGAGGCGUACAUCGAGAUGGGACAGAACCUCUUCCAAGACAUGUUCUUCUGAAGGCGCACAGAGAUUUAGAUACUGUAAGUGACACGCGAUUGAUGACUGAUGCCUCUGCUGUCUUACGCUGUCAGCGGACAACCUCUAAACAGGAAACAAGAUGCUGCUCUAUUCAGUGUAUGUCAUUAAAACAGCAAAAGUUUGCUUUGCCAGUGUUUUUUUUUUUUUUUUUUUUUUCCCCCAGUGGUUAUGUAUUUUUAGUAUUUCCUCCUGAAGUAUUUUUGAAAGUUACCAAACCCCAAAAAAAAGGAACCGACAACCCGCCGUCUGCCGGCCGUGCUUUCUUUUCAUUUUCCAGUUUGUGUCAAUUCAAAAUGAAACUCUCUGUCUGCACCAGGAAGGUUUUAGCCAUCGUUUUUCACUUGACGGACAGAAGGGACACAACAUUUGUUUCUAAUCGAUGACAGCCGUCUACACACCGGCGAAUUUCUCAUGUAUCCAGUCAGUUUUGUUGAAUGGGCAUAAUUGCAUUGAUUGUGCGAGAACUGGUGAAAGAUACCCGAGCACUUCGCAGUGCGGGGGUUGGACACCGACACACCGAACAAGCCGCUGCCGCUUUCAUUAUCCCGCCCAUCUCGGAUGAUAUGAACCAGAGAAUAUUCAACAAUUCAAAAGGAUUGGUCUGAAAUCUCGUCUCAGGCAAAAUGCAGAGGGAGAAGGUGAUCUUGGUACAUUUCUUUUGUGGGGUAACGGUAAAAUAUUUGUAACUUUGAGAUAUCUGUAAUAAAAUAAUAUUGCCACACUGCCUAAA